GUCUAGUGCAAUGAUGUGAAGGAUAGCCGUGCUUCGGCAGUCAACUCCACAUUUGCAAAAACGAAGACGACCGUUCACCGCCCGAUGACCCUAGUUCAGGGAUUUUCUGGCCCAGGCCCUGAUUCGCGAAAUUGAUGACAGGGUUUAUCUGACCAAGCGCUGCCUUCCCACGUUUAAUCGAUAAACCGACUGAUUGUGCUCCUGCGUUCGUUUGAUACAAUGUGCUGGGUUACAGCUUAUCCGAAUGUCUUGACAAAGAACUUUGAAUCUACGGGGCCGUUUUGUUGAAGUUCCUGGCACAUGUAGUCACCCUCUCCACGAAGAUCGGAGACUUCUUUAUGACGGGCUCAGUUGGAUUCACUGAUAAAAGCCCGUCCGUGUUGGCUUCCUCUUCAGAACAUUUCCUUCGAUCCGUACAACAUGCAGUCCAUCAUACAUUACCUCGUCUUCCCUACAGUCGCACUGUUUCUUACCUUCGCGUUUCUGCGCUUCAAGGGUCGCAGAUCUAUAGUCUGGAAGAUUCGUGGACCUCCGAGUCCUUCGGCCCUCUUAGGCCAUGAACACCUCCUUCGUUCUCGUCAGCACGUCGGAGAUUUGGAGACGGAAUGGUAUCAGCAAUACGGUGCCGUAUACCGCACAAAGGGGUGCUUCGGACAUGAUGUUUUGUCCGUUGCUGACCCCAAGGCGUUACAAUACAUAUUUCAUUCGUCUGGAUACCGAUUCCCAAAAACGGGAGAUACGGAUCGCAUUAACGGGGCUGCCAUGGGACGAGGACUAGCCACAGUGAAAGGUGAAAUCCACCAACGACAACGGAAAAUCCUGGGUCCCGCCUUUACGGCAUCUCAACUACGACUCUUUUUGACCGUCUUUCAGGCGUCAGCUAUGAAGCUUACAGAGCAGAUCAACCAGCGCGUCGAGGACGGCAGAGUGCUCAAUAUGCUCGAAUGGACAAGCAAGGCUGCGCUGGAUAUCAUAGGCAUCACCUCCUUCCGAUAUGAGUUCAACUCGCUCACUGGCGGACAGACUGAGCUGAUGGCAGCGGUUAAUAAUCUUUUCGGCGAGUCUAUGAUGUGGCCAACGACAGUGGAACUCCUGUAUACCGCGCUCUGGCGGAUACUUCCUGGAUGGUUGCUAGUGCCUCUCGAGUGGAUACCGAGUAGAGCAACUAUGCGGCUAAGUCACUUUAGAAACGUUGCAACGAAAGUAUCGCGGCCGGUCUUCGAGAAGCAACUUAGGGAAGUGGAAAACGAUAUACAUCCGGCUGAGAAGGAUAUCGUUAAUGUUCUCGCAAUGUCUCAUCUUAAUGAUGAUGCGAGGAAGAAGAUGGACGAUGCAGAAAUUGAUUCUCAGCUGGCGACGUUCGUGUUGGCUGGCCAUGACACGACUGCGAACACUAUGGCCUGGCUUCUGUAUGAGCUGAGUCUUCAUCCUGAGGAUCAGGCAAGAAUACGUGAAGAGAUUUCCCAAACAAAAGCGAAAGCCUCGGGAGCGCUCACCUCGAGCGACUACGAUUCAAUGGUCUGGCUGAAUGCUUGUAUCAAAGAAGCCCUCCGUUUCCAUCCCCUGGGGCAUACUCUGUACCGUCAGCCCGCCCAGGAUGACGUCCUGCCUCUCUCCGAGCCUAUCACCACUUCAGAUGGCCAAGUGUAUUCGCAUAUCCCCAUUCGCAAAGGACAAGCCAUCUUGGCUUCGAUAUAUACGUACAAUCGACUUCCUUCAGUAUGGGGAGAAGAUGCCGACGAGUGGAAUCCCCGUCGAUUUCUUGACGGCCGGGAUGUUAAGCAAACCUCUCUUGGGGUUUAUGCGAAUCUGCUGACCUUCAUGUUAUGGAUAUUGGGUAUCCACUGAUUCGGUGCAUGAGUCAACACAUGCCCGAACUCGGCCUUCUCGGUCCUAGUAGUGACUCGCUCGUACUUUCUCUUACUUUCUCUAUUCUUCGUAUUGAUACUGGAAUAUUAUGGAACAUUAUAGAAUAAUAAUGACUCUAAUCUUUCCUUAGUAUAUAAACUCGUAGGUAACAUUGUAUUAAAA